CCGCCCCUGCCCGCCGCCCCGGAGGGGGAGCCGCUGAGGGCCUGUGGCCGGGGGCUCGUCGGGGCCGCCCGGGGCAUGCUGCCGUCGGCCCCGCACUAUGUGGUACAUCAUGCAGAGCAUCCAGAGCAAGUACUCGCUGUCGGAGCGGCUCAUCCGCACCAUCGCCGCCAUCCGCUCCUUCCCGCGGGACAACGUGGAGGAUCUCAUAGGCAGGGGUGCAGAUGUGAACUGCAUGCACGGGACGCUGAAGCCGCUGCACUGUGCCUGCAUGGUGGCUGAUGCUGACUGCGUCGAGCUCCUGCUGCAGAAGGGAGCAGAGGUGAACGCUCUGGAUGGCUACAACCGCACAGCCCUUCACUACGCGGCGGAGAAGGACGAAACGUGCGUGGAAAUCCUCUUGGAAUACGGCGCCAACCCCAACGCCCUGGACGGGAACAAGGACACCCCCCUGCACUGGGCGGCCUUCAAGAACAACGCGGAGUGCGUGCGGGCGCUGCUGGAGAACGGCGCCCUGGUCAACGCCCGUGACUACAACAACGACACCCCCCUGAGCUGGGCCGCCAUGAAGGGCAACCUGGAGAGCGUCAGUGUCCUGCUCGACUUCGGCGCCGAGGUGCGCGUGGUCAACCUCAAAGGGCAAAGCCCCAUCUCCCGUCUGGUGGCGUUGCUGGUGCGGGGCUUGGGGACGGAGCGGGAGGAUUCCUGCUUCGAUCUUCUCCAUCGCGCCAUCGGACACUUUGAGCUGAGGAAGAACGGGAGCAUGCCCUGGGAGGUGACCAGGGACCAGCAGCUCUGCCAGAAGCUCACCCUGCUCUGCUCGGCCCCGGGGACACUGCAGACGCUGUCGCGUUACGCCGUGCGCCGCAGCCUGGGCGUGCGGUUCCUGCCGGAGGCCGUGAAGCAGCUGCCUCUGCCCACCUGCCUCAAGGAGUACGUGCUGCUGCUCAGCUAAGCCAAGGACGGGGCGCCAGGAGGAUGAAGGACGAGGAUGGUUUGGGAUUCGUGGGUGCUGCAUUCCCCUCCCCACUCACUGAUGGUCAGCCU